AUGUGCAUCCUGAAGCUGCCAGUAGUUCUUAUUGUGCUCUCUAUUGCAUUAAACUAUCUGAAAGCUACACCUAUUGAAAGUCAUCAGGUGGAAAAACGGAAAUGCAACACUGCCACAUGUGCGACGCAACGCCUGGCAAAUUUUUUAAUUCGUUCCGGCAACAACCUUGGUGCUGUUCUCUCACCUACCAAUGUGGGAUCCAGCACAUAUGGCAAGAGGAAUGCAGCUGAGGUUUUAAAGAGAGAACCGCUGAAUUACUCACCCCUUUAGAGGUCAACGUCCCUCUACACUUUUCAUUGCUUUAUGUAUAAAUACUCGAGAGAUUUUCUGUAUAAUUUAACGUU